UCAUGUUUCUUUCCGGAAAAAAAACUCCGUUGCACAAGCUGACGUUGCACUAUACCGGUACUCUUAUAGAGCAUCGUUGGUACAACUGAUGGUUUUUAACUAGCGUAGUGAGAUAUUCUUUGGCUAUUAGCAUUAGUUGAAUAUCUGGCCGGUAGACAUUAUGGAUGAAGAACCAGAGAGAGCCAAGCGCUGGGAAGGGGGCUAUGAGAGGACAUGGGAGGUGUUGAAGGAGGACGAAUCUGGCUCACUCAAAGCCACAGUGGAAGAGAUCCUGUUCCAGUCUAAAAGGAAAAGGGUGAUAGAGAUCCAUGGACAAGUGAGGCUUGGAAUGAUGCGUCACCUCUAUCUGGUGAUUGACUGUUCAAGAAGUAUGGAAGACCAGGACUUGAAACCAAACCGCCUCGCAUCUACUCUAAAGUUGAUGGAAGCUUUUGUCGAUGAAUAUUUUGACCAAAACCCCAUCAGUCAGGUGGGCAUUAUCACCACAAAGAAUAAAAGGGCUGAGAAGCUGACUGACCUAGCAGGAAAUCCAAGGAAGCACAUUGCUGCUCUGAAGAAAGCAGUGGACACUGUGUGUGUUGGAGAGCCAUCUCUGUACAACUCUCUCAACCUGGCCAUACAGACCCUCAAGCACAUGCCUGGACAUACGAGCCGGGAGAUCCUGAUAAUCCUCAGCAGCCUCACCACAUGUGACCCAGCCAACAUCUAUGAGCUGAUCAAGACCCUGAAGUCUCUGAAGGUGCGAGUGUCAGUAAUCGGAUUGUCAGCAGAGGUCCGGGUGUGUACGGUGUUGACCAGGGAGACAUGCGGCUCGUAUCACGUUAUCCUGGACGAGAGUCACUUCAAAGAGCUGCUGAUGCUGCAUGUCAAACCUCCUCCAGCCAGCUCCUCAUCUGAAUGCUCUUUAAUACGCAUGGGUUUUCCUCAGCACACCAUCGCCUCUCUUACUGACCAGGAUGCCAAGCCUUCAUUCAGCAUGUCUCAUCUGGACAGCAGCAGUGGUCCAGGUCUGUCUCUGGGAGGAUACUUUUGUCCGCAGUGCCACGCCAAGUACACAGAGCUUCCCGUGGAGUGUAAAGUCUGUGGUUUGACUCUGGUGUCGGCCCCCCAUCUCGCCAGAUCCUUCCACCAUCUCUUCCCCCUCCAAGACUUUAUAGAGAGUCCUGUGGAGGAGCUUCAAGAAGACAGGUUCUGUCAAGCUUGUCAAGGGGAGCUGAAAGAUAAAAGUAUAUUCAUCUGUUCAUCAUGUCGCAGUGUGUUCUGUGUGGAGUGUGAUCUCUUCAUCCAUGACUCGCUGCACUGCUGCCCCUGCUGUAUUCACAGUCAUAGCGCCCCCUGAAGCUGAGAUGCUAACUGUCAGACAGAGACUGAAACAAAUUCAGUGGUCAUGUAUUUGCCCUUAUUGGCGCAUCAUAUCCUUCUUAUCAGUGUUAUCCACCUCUAAUAGGACAUAUAUGAUCAAUGGACCAUCUAAAUGGUAAUUUUUCAGAAGAUUGGCACAAAAUAUUGGUUGAUCUAUAUCGUAGAUGGCCAAAGCUACUGUCUGCUCUGAGAAUUACAUCUGAGCCAUUGCAUUGUUUUCCUGCUGUUAAAUAGCACACUGCUUUAUAUAUGUCAGAAAUUGUUUGUGUGCAUUGUUUAUACACAGUUCUGUUUGUGACAUGGUAAUAAAUACAUUUUGUUGAAAAUAAAA